CAGGUGCCUGUCUGCCGUGCCUUUGCAGCAGGCGGAGGCUUGCAGCCAGCCAUCCGUGGGUCAGCCAGCCAUUCACGGGUGCGCCAUCGUCACUCUAUCCAACGCUUGUUUGGAACUCGGUUCCCCGACAACAGCCCCGUCAUUCAUCACAGUACCCAGACGGUCGACGGUCCCCUCCAAGUGGUCCAUUCCAUAUCUUUUGCGGUCUGGGUGUCUUUUCCCUGGGAGCCAGUACCUCCUGCUUUUUGUCCCAAAAGACGAUAUCUGCGCAUCGCGGGGUGUUUUCGUCCUGACGUUGCUUGACGAGCCUGAUCGCACUUCCCACGCCGUCGUCUAGUUUCACAAAACAACCGGCGCCAUGGCUUCCAGGAAGAAGGUUCUGCUGAAGGUCAUCAUCUUGGGCGACAGCGGUGUCGGCAAGACUAGUCUGAUGAACCAAUAUGUCAACAAGAAGUUUAGCGCAAGCUACAAGGCCACAAUUGGAGCCGAUUUCUUGACGCGUGAGGUCUUGGUGGACGACCGCCAGGUGACGAUGCAGCUCUGGGACACGGCAGGCCAGGAACGAUUCCAGUCGCUCGGCGUGGCCUUCUACCGGGGAGCCGACUGCUGUGUGCUGGUAUACGACGUCAACAAUGCCAAGAGCUUCGAUGCGCUCGACAGCUGGCGAGACGAGUUCUUGAUUCAAGCAUCACCGCGCGACCCAGACAAUUUUCCGUUUGUGGUUUUGGGCAACAAGAUCGACGUCGAGGAGAGCAAGAGAGUGAUCUCAACCAAGCGGGCUAUGACCUUUUGCCAGUCGAAAGGCGGUAUCCCGUAUUUCGAGACCAGCGCGAAGGAGGCGAUCAAUGUGGAGCAGGCGUUUGAAGUCAUUGCGAGAAAUGCGCUGCUCCAAGAAGAGUCGGAGGAAUUCAGCGGAGACUUCCAGGACCCAAUCAAUAUCCACAUUGAAAACGACCGGGAAGGGUGUGCUUGCUGAGCAAGAUAGGGGUGGUCUAGAUAGCUUCGCAAUUUUUUUUUUUUUUUCGCCAGGUCCUGUCUUUUUUUGGCUUUGUAUGAUAUCAUGCUCGGUGUGUCUGGCGUGCUUCUCCCAAACUGCAGAGUCGGGUCGUCAUUUACUCAUCAGGCAAGCUUCUCCUCAGGCUGUUAUUAGAGACGCAUUGGUCUAAGUUGUAUGAGGCGUAGUAGGAAUGCUAAGACACUGG